CUGUCUUGCCAAGAACAAAGUUUCUUCCAGGCCACACUGUGUUAUACCAUAACUCUCUAGGGACACAGUAUGAUGAAAGCAAGGAGACCUGUGCAGACCUUACACAGGAAUUUCUAAAAUAACAAUGACCUUUAUUCUCAAGUCAAAGAAAGGAGUCCAACUGACGUGAAUAUGAAUCAGGCUUGGAAAUAUAUUGCAAGCAUUGCUAAUGUGAGUAAUUCUUACUAAUGAAAUUGAGGAGUGCAGGUCUGAUCCUGCAAUCUUUGCUCAGGUCAGCAGUGCCUAGACAAGCAGUCCUGUUGGCUUCAGGGCUAGGCACUAUACGUAUUCUUUGGUUUAAAUGAGAUGGCUGCACAUCUGAAGUCUAAUAUUUAGAUGAAGGUGGGUGAGACUCAGCUCAAUGCACAGAUUAAAAUAAUAUAGUUCUGGGAAGAGGCAAUGAAGCCACCAAAACGAAAAUGUAAUCGGAAAAAGAACAUAUAUCAACAUGCUGCCUCACAUGGCCAAGGACAAAAGUUUGUCUCUUUUUUAGCCAAAUAUGAGUCUCUCCCUACUGACAUUUUCCACAGGAUGCAGUUCAGAAAACUUUAUGUCUCAUGUUGGUAGGUCAUUGGGGAUGGGGAGAAGGUUAUAUGUGGCAAUCCUCCAAGCUAAGUUCCUGUUACAGUCACACAGCUAUCUUAUGCCAUUUGGGGUGCCCUAGGGGGACCUACCAGGCCUCCAGAAAGAUGCAGGUGUGCCAAAGUGGAUGGUUGUAUCUGUCAGCUGUAAACAGAUAUCUUUAUAAUCUGGGACCUCCCAGAUGGACAAACCCCCAUGUUUAGGCAAGUGAAUUUAGGCCCCGGUGUCUGGUUGGCUGCGUCAUUCUCUAAGGUCCAUUACAUAUGAAUUCCACAGUCACUAUAUGGGUCUGAUACACAAAUACCAUAUUAUUCUUACUUUUUUUUUCUGGAAUAUAAAACAUGUCAUCACUUCUGAUAGGUGGUUACUUCUUUGUAAAUCCAAUGAGAUCCAAGAAUUAUGUGACAGUGAUGGACCCCAUACAAGAAACUUACGGGAACAUGAUGGGAAGCUUACUCUUCAUUCCACCAGUGCUAAGAAAGGUGGUCUGAUUUGCAGCUAUCCUGGCAUCUCUGGGUGCUUGGAAGCAUCCCAUGGCAAACCUACUUCCAAAGGGUGCUCUCCACUGCCUCGACAGGACAGACAAGGCUCAUCUCCUACAUCUUUGCCAUGGCCAUCCUCUCUGUGCUCAUUGGUGCAGUCGCAGCAUCAACAGACUGGAAUCAGACAAGCUAUAAUCUUCCAAGUCUGCUCAAGUGAGGGGAAUCGGCAAUGAUACUACCACUUGUUUUGCACUAUCUCUGCCCAGCAUGUAUCUCCAUUGCUGGCUUGGGAGCCAUUGCUGCUGCCACAAUGUCUUCUGCUGAUUCAGCCCUUCUCUCUGCUGGCUCCAUGUUUGCUUACAAUAUCUACAGGAAAAUCCUGAGGAAAAAGGCUGCAGAGAUAGAGGUGUUAUGGGCUAUGAGGACCUCCAUGUUGGUGUUUGGGGCUGGGGCUGCCAGUCUGGCUUUUUACUCCAGCUCUGUCCAUGACCUCUGGUUCCUCAGUGGGGAGUUGGUGCAUGCCCUCCUCUUCCCCCAGUUCCGCUGUGCUCUCUUCACUCCCAGCACCAAAACCUACGGCUUAGCUGCUGGAUCCUUGGUUGGGCUCCUGCUGAGGCUACUAACAGGGGAGCCUGCCCUGAGCAUCCCCCCUGUCAUCUGCUACCCAGUCUGCUCCCUGGUGAACGGGAUCUACAGCCAGGUCUUCCCUUUUAAAACAUUCACCAUGCUUCUCACCUUCAGCAUGAUCCUUGCUGUUUCAUACUCGGCCAAGGUUUUAUUUCAGAGAAUAUUCACCUCCUUCCCCACAGGUGGGAUGUUUGCAAUAUCACAGGGGGAACCGCACCCUCAUCCUCCUGCAGCAGAUGGAGAAACAGAGGGGUUCACCAACCAUUGCACCAGAAGAGAACCGUGGCUAAACGUGGGGCUUCAUUUGAAAGGCCACUGUGCAUUCAGCAGUUAGAGUAUGGUACAAACAGCAUAGCUCUUCCCUUUGCUCUCUCUAGUAUGAAUUAUUUAAAGUCCUCACAGAGCAAUAAAACCAAAUUCUGUUUACGUGUGAGCUUGAAGUCUGCAGUGAUUAAAGUCACAUGGUGAUGGAGCACACUCCUGUGGUGGUGACCCCAGGGCGGGCACCUUGGGCCCCGGCAGUGGUUGCUUCAAGGUGCUCUGGGUACCCCACCUGAAAGCAAAGCUAUAAAUCAUGCUCCAACAUUUAGGGCAUUCCCAAGUCACAUACUUUUCUCACCACAAAGGAGACAAAUUAAUGUUUAAUAGAUUGGAUAUUCUUGAUUUAAAAAAAAGGUGGGCAAACCUGUUUCCAUUACACAGCUAGAGGUUUAGCAUAACUAUCCCUGGGGAGAAUAUCAAACCUAUAAAAACACAGAUUACUGAGAGCGGUGCAACCACCACAGUAGUCCAGCAGUAAUAACAGCUCUGCACCAUUCCUUGUAUGCUUUACAAAGCUUUCCUUGAUACAUCAAAAACUUUUGCUUAUGCCUCUCCCCACUGUGGUACCAGGCCACACAGUCAGUGUGGAUCCCACAGCCUGGGGAUGUGUGAGACGUCGCCUCUCAUUUGACCUGAAAAGGCAGAAGCAGAUGUGCAAGAUGAAGCAACAGCCCUUAAUUAUUCAAUAAGCCACUAUCUCAAAAAUUUAAUCUUUAGCUGUAAAAUUAAGUACUUUAUUAGAAAUUGUUAGCCAUAGAAUGUAUGUAUUUUAGACUAAGCAUUUUAAAGGAAGAGUGUUAGCCGUAGAAUUCAUGUAUCGUAGUAAGGUUGGAAGUUCUCAAGGGAAAGCGCGUAGUUCGUAAUUUCUUGUGAAGAUUCGUUACAGGCAGAAUUUUGAUAAAACAGAGAUGGUUCCUUGCACCUGUGAAGAGACUGAUAAAAGUGAGAAAGAAGAUGAAACAGGAUUUAGGCCCUGAACCAGGUCCAGAAGGCAGGAAACCAUGCCAGAACCAAGGAGUCAAGAGAAAAACAAGCAAUUCGAGGGGGGCGUACUGUGGGAGAAAAUGAGGUGGGAUGGGUGAGGUAAUCCUUGAAUCUGUAAUU